CAUAAUGCCAAAAUUAAGCCAUAGAAUUCGGCCGUACAAAAGUAUACCGUGAACACGCAUUCAUCAUCGAACCAAGAACUUUAGGUUAGGUUGCAUUUCUAUGGUACCAGUUCUUUCAGUGGACAAUUCCAAUCGGACUAGGUUAGAAAAUGGCCAAACCUAAAGGUGAGAAAAAAGGCAAAUCUGCCAUCAACGAAGUUGUCACAAGAGAGUACACGAUAAACCUGCACAAAAGGCUUCAUGGAGUAGGUUUCAAAAAGAGGGCUCCAAGAGCCAUCAAAGAAAUCAGGAAGUUUGCUGUUUUGCAAAUGGGUACCCAGGAUGUUAGGAUCGACACCAGAUUAAACAAACAAAUUUGGUCCAAAGGAAUAAGAAAUGUACCCUUCAGACUACGUGUCCGUUUAUCCAGAAGGAGGAACGAAGAUGAAGACUCUGUACAUAAACUUUAUACUUUAGCAACAUAUGUUCCAGUUGCUACCUUUAAAAAAUUACAGACAGAGAAUGUUGAUGCUAGCCAAGAAUAAAAAAUUUAUUCGAUAA